AUGAAUCGCACGCUGGUCGAGUGUGCGCGUUGCAUGAUGGAACACGCUGGACUGGGAAAGAGCUACUGGGGUGAAGCAGUGAUGACGGCGAUGUUUCUUCGAAACCGCUGUCCAACACGUGCCAUUCACCAAGACAAGUCUCCAUAUCAAGUGUGGACGAUGAAGAAACUGAUUCUGGCCAACCUUAAAGUGUUUGGAUGCCACGCGUAUGUUCAAGUGCCUCAAGACAAACGCGCGAAGUUCGACUCCAAGUCAUCACUCUGUCGUUUCCUGGGAUACGCCGAACACCAGAAGUCAUAUCGAUUUGAGGAAGUGUCAACAGGAGCGAUCAAGAUCAGUCGCGAUGCCACAUUCAUGGAAGACAAGUUUGAUGAAGGUCCGCGCAACUACAACGAUGAGUCAAGUGUCGUUGAGUUUGAUGAUCAUGAUGAGGACGAAGAAAAAGAAGAAGGUAAAACUGACGACGACAUGGACUCGAGCGACGAUGACAACGAAGACACCAGGUCUUCGAAGAGCAACAUCAAGAGACACACGCGCACUCAAUCACUUGAGAAAGCUACCGUCAUUCCAAGUCCCAAGCGAAGAACAUACAGAGGUCCGUCGCUUGAGCAUGUGUCAGCGGCUGCAAUGGAUUUUGAAGCAGCCUACAUCGUUGAUUCAGUGGGGGAAACGCCGACUACAUUCAAGUCGGCGAUGGAAUCAAGCGACUCCGGCAAGUGGAAAGAAGCGUGUGACUCGGAGUUCGACUCGCUUCAGAGAAACGACACGUGGGAAAUCGUGCCUCUUCCGAAGGUCGCAAGGCCAUCGGGUGCCGAUGGGUUUUUCGUGUAA